AUGCCGAAACGAAAAAAAGCCCCUUCGCCCAAGUUCGAUAUUCUCGAGGAUGGUUUUGACGAUGAUCUCAGUUCGAAUGACGACAAACCAGGAACACCGAUACAACGCAACGCAGCGAACGCACGCGAACGCGCCCGGAUGCGGGUCCUGUCGAAGGCGUUCUUCAACCUGAAGCGCAACAUCCCGUGGGUACCGGCGGAUACGAAGCUCUCCAAGCUGGACACGCUCCGGCUGGCCAAGAACUACAUCACCUACCUGGUGGCCACCCUCGACGGGCAGUCGGUGGAGGACUUUUCCACCAACCUGGCGCAACCUCCGAAAACGGCUUGGCCGUUCAUUUUCCAACAAGUUCAACCGCCCGACACGGGUAAAACGAAAACACAGCCUCAGGCCCAGGCGUCCGCAGCAACGGCGACGACGGUGCCGGCCACCGUCGGACAGGCCACAGCAUGCGCGGGCGAUGGCGGAAAGUGGCGGGACUUUCGUCAAAAGGAUGUCAGCGGUCGGGCAUCGUCCGCCGGGAAGGUGGUGGAAGAUAUUCAAUCGCCUACCGGCAACGCAGCAGUGGCAUCGAAUCACCAGCCGCCGCUUGUAUUCGCCGACAGUGGCCCACCAUCGGCCAUGGAAGGUGUCAACGAAUAUGGCACAUUUGGUGAUCCGAUGGAGAUCGGCACCGUCACUGCCACUGGGGUCCACUGUCAUAACCAGCAGCCCCUCCAUCACCAACAUAAUCACCAUCAACAGCACCAGCAUCAACAUCAUCAUCAGCAGCAGCAGCAACACCAACAGGGACCACACCAUUACCAGGGCAGUGGCAACGUUGUGCCAAUCCACAGCGAUGGAUGCCACCUUGGUGGAGCUAUUGGAAUUUCCGGAGCAUACCAACGCCAGCAUAUGACUUCGAUUGGCAGUGAUUGA